CCGCGGGGCCCGCCGCGCCCGGCGAGCUGGGCUGGCUGUCCAUGGCCAGCCGCGAGGACCUGAUGAAGAUGGUGCGGCCGCCCUACUCGUACUCGGCGCUCAUCGCCAUGGCCAUUCAGAGCGCGCCCGAGCGCAAGCUCACGCUCAGCCACAUCUACCAGUUCGUGGCCGACAGCUUCCCCUUCUACCAGCGCAGCAAGGCCGGCUGGCAGAACUCCAUCCGCCACAACCUGUCGCUCAACGACUGCUUCAAGAAGGUGCCUCGCGACGAGGACGACCCAGGGAAAGGUAAUUACUGGACCUUGGAUCCAAACUGUGAGAAAAUGUUUGACAACGGGAACUUCCGCCGGAAGCGAAAGCGCCGCUCUGAGGCCAGCAGCACCUCCACAGUGGCCGCAGGGACAUCAAAAUCAGAAGAAGGGCUUUCCUCAGGAUUGGGGUCUGGAGUGGGUGGGAAGCCAGAAGGAGACAGCCCCUCCGCUUUGCUAAGGCCUCCCCAGUCCCCAGAGCCUCCAGAGGGCACCAAGAGUACUGCCUCCUCCCCAGGAGGGUCCAUGCUCACCUCCACCCCGUGCCUCAAUACCUUCUUCAGCAGCCUCAGCACCUUAAGUGUCAGCAGCAGUGGGAGCACCCAGCGAGCUCUCCCUGGCAGCCGCCACCUAGGGAUCCAGGGGACCCAGCUGCCAUCCAGCAGCACAUUCCCCCCGAGCUCCAUCUCGGAGGCCUCGCCAGACACCUUGCAGCUGAGUAACACCAGCACCAGCAAUGGCGGCGGCAGCCAGAGGUCUUCCUAUUACAGCCCCUUCCCUGCCAGCACCAGCGGGGGUCAAAGCAGCCCCUUCAGCAGCCCCUUCUACAACUUCAGCAUGGUCAACAGCCUCAUCUACCCCCGGGAGGGCUCUGAGGUAUAGAGGCUGCUUCUCAGACUUGAAUAUGCACACCUGAGAUCUUGUUAAAAUACAGAUUCCAAGGCAGUAGGUCUGGGGCAGGAACUGAGAUUCUGCAUUUCUCUGGAGCUCCCGAGUGAUCCUGUGGUCCAUUGACCACACUUGGAGUAGCAUGGGUACAGUAGAUAAUACUUUCUACAACCCAGCAAGCUUUUACAGGUUUCUCUGGAUAAGGGCCUCCCUGGAGAGAAAUGCACCUCACUCUGCUCUGGGGUGGUACCUGUGAGCCCUGUGAGGGCA